UGAAAAGAGACUCCAAGUGUUACGUUUGGAAUGGGAUGAUGAUAGUGAUGCAGCAGAGGAGUAUGAAAAGGUGCUCGAUUGCCUCCAUCCGCCUGAUAGCCUCAAGGAACUCGAAAUUGCACGGUACCGAGGUGCAAGGUCUCCAUAUUGGAUGGAAAAAUAUUUGUUAAAAAAUCUAGAGCGCGUUGUUCUUUCCAAAAACGCAGCAUGGAAGCACCUUCCUUCUCUCGGGAAGCUUCCCUAUCUCAAUGAAUUGAGAUUGGAUUCACUAACAGGACUCGUGCAAAUUGGCUUUGAAGGUGGAUUUCAGCAACUGAAGAUUUUACAAAUCUGGGAUUGUGAACAAUUGGAAGAGUGGUCCGGAUUUGGAGCGGAGACGGCACCUUGCUGGCCUCUCUUUGAAUAUCUCGAAAUCUCGCGGUGUCCCAAACUGAAGGCAUUGCCUCCUCUGCCCCUAAGUCUACAGAGCUUGGAGUUAAAGCGUGUGGGAUUGUCUGAUUCUCCAACAUUCUUCCCGGCUACUCCAUCCUCGUCCUCCUCCUCUCCUUCCCUCACUCACAUGAAAAUUGCAGGAUGUAAAAAUUUAACAUCAGUGGCUGGCUUGUUGCGACAUCGCCUCAGCGCCCUCAUGAUGUUGAAGAUUAGCUGUUGCGAAGCUCUUGCGGAUCUGCAUGCAGAGGAAGGCUUUCAGCAUCUGCACUCCAUCGAAAGCCUAGCGAUUGAAUAUUGCCCAAAGCUGAAGAUGGCUACCGACGCGGUCGCCCUUACUUCUCUUUCUCGACUUACACUGUCAGGUUGGAACCACAUAACAUCCUUUCCCUCCGAAGAGGCGUGCAGAAGAUUAACGUCACUAAAAGUGCUGCGAUUGGGAGACAUGGGAGGGCUGAUGUCAGUUGAGGGUCUAAAGGCUCUUUCCCACCUUGCUUGGCUAUCUAUUCGUAAGUGUCCCAAGCUCGUGCAAGCAGCAGCAGCGUCAAUUAAGGGGAAGGAGGAGGAGGAGGAGUUCACAUUAACCGUCAGCACUCUUAACGUUGAUGACCCCUUGCUGCUCCACGUUGAACCAUUGAGAAAACGCACGUCUGUCACAGAUCUAUGUAUAGGGGACUGUGGGAAUCUUGAGUGUGAGGGAGACAUCAACUCGUGGUUGUUGCGCAACAGAACUUCGCUGCGAUCCAUCCUCCUGGAAAAGUACAGUACUGCAAAGUCGCUGCCUCGUAGCCUCCAAGCCCUCUCUUCCCUGGACUCUUUACGGACCACUGGAGCUUAUCAGCUCCAAUCGCUGCCGCGGAUGCCUUCGUCUCUGCGAUGGCUU